AUGACGUGGUUGUCAGUCUUACGGGUCCUUUUGUUCAUCGUUGUGGUCCUCUCGUCGACUCAAGGUCAAGGUGACCCAACAGUCACAACGAACCUAGGACGAAUGUUUGGAAGAGUUCAGAGGUUUGGAAACAAUUUCGUCUACCAAUUUCUGGGUGUAAGGUAUGCCGUGGCACCUGUUGGACGUCUUCGUUUCAAGAAGCCGGUCCCUAGGGGACGAUGGACCGGGACUCUUGACGCUUCAAGGUUUGGUCCGCCAUGUGCUCAACUGGGCAACCAGAGGUCAACCGAGGACUGCCUCUUGCUAAACAUAUACAUUCCGAGAAUACUUUCCCCUAACGCUACGAAGUCAGUGAUGAUCUGGAUCCAUGGAGGUGGAUUCGUAAAUGGACAGGGUUCGUCGUUAGAUGGAUCAAAUAUUGCUAUUACUGGCGAUGUCAUAGUAGUUACUAUUAACUACAGACUGGAUGUGUUCGGGUUUCUGAGUACCGGAGACAGUAGCUCCUUGGGGAAUUACGGCUUGUGGGAUCAGCAGUUGGCAAUGAGAUUCGUCAGAGACAACAUAGCCGCUUUUGGAGGCAACCCAAACAGUAUUACCAUAUUCGGAGAGUCUGGGGGCGGAUACAGCGUUGGUCUCCACGCCCUGUCCCCUUUGAGCCAGGGGCUGUUCCAAAGGGUCAUAUGUGAGAGCGGGGUCGGCCUUAGUCCAAGAGCCAUAGCCUUCGAUCCCGUCAACUUCACAAGAAGAGUCAGCGACAACUUGAGCUGCACGACUCUAAACGGGGACGGCAGUCUCAACACCACCUCCUUUAUGGCGUGUCUCAGAGGAAAGAAUACUAGGCAGAUCCUCACAGCUUCUAAUCGCGCCAGAGGACACAGUGACCUUGUUUGGAGACUGGAGAUUGCUCCAACCGUAGACGGAGAGUUGAUCCCAAGACGUCCCGAGUUCCUUAUAAGCCGAGAGAACAUCCAUUUCUACAACCCCAUGCCAGAUAUAGACUUCAUGGCCGGGGUCAACAACGCCGAAGGCAACCUCGUCUUUGGGCCUCUCCGAGGCUUUGAAAGGCAGUUGAAUUUCAACGUCGAUGAUGGCAUACCAACCAGAGUUCUUUGCCAAAAUAUAGCUCCAAGUUUAUCCAACGAUUAUUACAACGGAUCUACGGAAAUCGCCGAACAAAUGUGCAAUCGGUACUCCACGAACAGAGGCAUUGUAGAACAGGGUCGUAAAGUGGUCGAUCUGUACGGGGAUAUGAUGUUUGUGGCCCCCACAGUCAUGUCGACCAUCAUGCACGCUCGCAACAACAAUGGUCGUUCCACCUAUCUGUAUCUGUUUUCCCAACAGCCCCGUAGAACCGCCCGACCACGGUGGUUUGUAGGGGCCGGACAUGGAGCUGAACUGGCGUAUGUGUUUGGGAGACGGGUCAUCAACCCUUCCCUGUCGCUGCAGAUGAUGAAGUACUGGUCCAACUUUGCCAAAUUCGGGAAUCCUAACGGUUCCCCCGAAUCUCAGCAUCUUCAGUGGGAACAGUUCGACGUCCCGAGAAAAGACUACAUCGACCUCGGGCCAACUAUUCGAGCUCUUCGAGAUCUUUGGCCAGAGAGAAUGAGAUUCUGGAAUUCCUUCGUACCAGAGACAUUGGAUCGCUUUCCACGAAACGCCGAAACUCCGAUCACCACUGACCCUAAUUUCUGGUCUACCAACAGAGGUCAAGGUCGCAGUGAAGGGCAAGGUCGAUCACCUUCAACCGCGCCUAGCACCUCUGGAACAAUAAGAUAUUUGGGUACAGUGCUGAGUGUGAUAAUUCCAUUACUGACUGCUUCCAAUCUAGAACCGAUACAUUGA